GAGAGGAGGGAAAGAGCGAGAACGAGGGAGGAAUGAGUAUUCAUGAUUGCCAGCAUCACAGGAUGGAUGGACAGACACUAGAAAAUAAAGAAACUCGUUGAUUGAAUUGUUUGAAACUAGUUGCUAGAGGGAAAAAAAGCAUUAUUCUUCAUCAAUUACGGAUUUUUCAAAUGCGCAUCAGGUAGGGAUCUACGCCAGAAGAAUAAUUAACGUUUUUUCUAAUGUAAACUAAACAUUUCCGACUAAGAACGGUGCGUAGGCGAUGCACGCUGUAAAUGUGAAUGGACUCCGUUUCUUUCUCCUUUUGUUAGCGCUGUUUUCAUCCAACUAGCGCAGCCCAUCCUCCGCUGUACCCCCCUUUUCGAACGGCCAGCGGACAGCUAAGGACCCGGCUUCUAUCUAGAAGAAAGACUGCUCUCCUGUGGUCGAAAGCCGGACCUCUCACCUCUCAUUCCCCGCUCUAGGAGAGGACCUCCUCGGUAUGAAAGCACCAGAAACAGCUAUUUUGUAGGGAACCCGUCUGGCAGAGAAGCAGCAACAAAUCCCCGUUUUCAGACUGUGAUUUUGGGGGGCGCAGGCUCGCGGUAGGGGGGAGGGGGACCUCGCAUCACAAUGGAAUUCGAGUUUUACAAUACUUCCCCAGUACGCUAAGGAACGCAACCCUAUUCCGUACACUACUGUAUUUCCCCCUCUCAACUGAAGUAUUUUUUUCUAGUUUUUUAAACCAUCAAAUCCGGGAUGCCGCAUUUCGUGGGGUGAAGGGACCGAACGCGAGGAAACGAAGGAGAGAGAGAGAGAGAAGAGAGGGAAGGACGGAGGAGAAAGAGAGAUUCGGAGAGCAUGGGUCUUGCAACGCUGUCUCUCUGUGUGCUAACUCUCACCUGGGCAAACUUGUACCAGGUGUGUGCCAACAGGCACGCGGUGCAUUGGAACAGCUCCAAUAUACAUCUGCGUAGGGAGGGCUACACGGUGCAGGUUAAUGUGAACGACUACCUGGACAUCUACUGUCCCCACUACAAUGACAGCCAGCGUGUGGUGGGCUCCGGGGAGCAGUACAUCCUCUACAUGGUCAGCUACCGUGGUUACAGGACAUGCGACCCCCAGCUGGGCUUCAAGAGGUGGGAGUGUAACCGCCCCCACGCACCAAUCAAAUUCUCAGAGAAGUUCCAGCGCUAUAGCGCUUUCUCCCUGGGCUACGAGUUCCACGUGGGACAGGAGUAUUACUACAUCUCUACGCCCACUCAUCACCAUGGUCGCAGCUGCCUCAGACUGAGAGUGUAUGUCUGCUGCUCCACAGUGUCUGAUGUUGAUGUUGAACCAGGACAACCAGAACCAGACUACACACUCAGACCAGACAUCAAAAUCCAGGACAUCGAUGAUUUUAACCCAGAGGUUCCUAAACUGGAGAAGAGCGUCAGUGGAAGCAGCCCAUCUAGGGAUCGCCUACUCAUCACCAUAGCAACGCUCCUCCUCGCUGCCAUCACCAUCUCCUAGCAAUGGCCAUCCCAUCAGUUUCGCCAUGCCAACCAGCCAUGGGAGGGCUGGGGCAGGAGGGGUGAAGGAUGACUGGGUCUGAGGAUUUGGGGGAAAGGGGACAGAAGAUGAAGGGAACAUGGAGGAGUGCUAUAGGAAAACAUGGAGGAAGAAGACCUUCUGAAUGACGUUGGUUGACAAGGUGUGUGUGUGAGCGGAUUGGUGUGGGUGUGUGAAGUGAAGGAGGGAAGUUGGAAGGCUUCUUUGUGUGUGUGUGCGUGUGUGUGCUUAGAAGAUGAUAUUCACACACAGCAUGAAGAGAAGACCUUUUAUGACUUUGGACAUUGGGCCUGCAUGUGUAUGUAUGGUUCAGAGUGUGUGUGUCUCAACAUGUGGUAGAGUUAGCCUGUUGAAACCUGCACACUGCAGACAGCAUUUAUUCAAGAGGAGAGGAGAAGCGGACCUGACUUCUAUUUGAGCAGAUGAUCGCAAAUGAAACACAGUGAAACUUUUUCAUGGAAUCUGAUUGGCUGACACAAUUCUCUUCUUAGGGCUAGUUGCCUGUUUCUUGCACCGGAGACUGAACUGAUUGAACUUUACUGAAAUUAACUGAAUUAUUGCCUUUUUGUUCUGUCAACUGGGUUCAACCAGAUCUAGUCUGGAUCCCUUCAGUGGAAAUUGAUCUAGUGGUCCUCCACCCAUGUGAUCUGGUCUGAUCUGGACCAUAGCAGCCUGGUACGAAAGAGCGAGUCUGGGUCCAGGUUUAUGAACUGGGAACUGGGACCACUAGUAUGAGAGAGGGAGAGAGCUACAGUACUGUAUUAGAGUAGUAAUAUGUGUCAAUACAAUGACAGCUAUAGGUUCUAGGUCAGUGGUUGUACACAUUGUUAUACACAUUGAUACACCAUCUGGCUCAUCAUUAAACCCCCUAGAGACAUGUUUGUCCUUUAUUAAUUCAUUCCUGGAUAGCAUUAUCUCUGAUCUCGGAGGUCAGAAAAGCACACAUGUCGAGUCGACAGACAGUGACACACUUUCAGCAAUACUGUCAUCGAAUGCAUUGUGUUGGAUUGUACACUGAGGACCUCUCUUCCUCUCUCCUGGAAUCCGAUGGACUGGGACUACAUACCACAGACUCUCCAUGCCAAACUCUUCUGUUUAUUUUACCGUACACACAAACCGUUCACUACACUAGAACAAUAAUCACUCUGUGUGUGUGUGUACACUGACAAUACACACAGUACUAGGGACAUACUGUACAUGUCUUAAGUUUAACAGAACAACUCAAGUGUAUCUGAACAUAUAGACAACACUAAAUAAACCUUUGGUUUAGGUUCUACAUGCAAACCAAGUGCUACUGGGAGGACAGGAGAACAAUGGGUUAAACUACAGUCCUCUAUUGAGAUGGUAUUUUCCUAAAACUGGUAAUUGCAUGUUUCUUUGGGAUCAUAGAAACAAUCCUUUUGGUAGUUACCCGUUGUAUAGGUACCAGAAAGUACAUAUUGUUGCCAUUACAUGUCUUAGUAAAUACUAGGUAAAUACUGUCUGAAAGAGGACUGUAAAAUGAAGUGUUACUGAACAAUGUAAACAAACUGUACUAACCUGUUACCAUGGUUGUUGACUAACUCUUUUCCAUAGGAACUAGCACCUUGUGACCAUGGUAACACCUUACCUUACUGCAAAGUGUACAGGCAGUCUACUGUAGUAGGGCAUGCAUGGCUUACUGUAGUAGCUCUGAAGAUGAUGAAGGUAUGGUGGCCUAUUGGAUACAGAGCUGACCUCUGACCUAUAGGGGUCACAGAGGUCGCACGCCUUGACACGUGUCACGGACAUUCUAGAACUUUUACGCAUCGAGAAUGGAUUUCCGAUGUCUUGAACUCUGACGGAAUGAAAUGUGAUGUAAGCAUUUUUACAAACUUGAAGCUCAAUUUCCUUGUUCUGUUUUUAUUUUUUAUUUUGCUGCUGUGUAUCUUGGGGUGCUGGGAAGGGGUAAACAUUGGGAUGGCUGGGCUAGAGACAUACAGUACUGUAUAGGAUACUGAGUUCCACUAACUUGGUUUGAGAUUUACAAUUUCAAUGGGCACCAUGUUGCACUAAAUGUUUCCAGACCGUCACAUUGGAAUGAUACUGUCAUUGAAACGUGGUGACGACAGUUCGCUGAGCUCGGUAUGUAUACAGUAUGUAUGGCUUUGGG